CUUCUGUUGUACGCAAUUUAUGAUUGGUCAAUCACUAACAUUUACAGGGAAUCCCAAUAUUUGUUACUGAUUAAAAUUAAAUCGACUACACUAUCGCUAGUAUCGUCAGUAUAUUGCGAACGGUACAACGCAUUGGUUUCGAUCAUACAUUAGGUCUAAUAAUAUUUAAGUUAUCUUUUAAAAGUCUCAUUUCAUCAUAAAUUAAUAAAAAUGGUAAUAAAUAUUAUAGACACUUUCUUCAAGUGUUUUUUGCUAAUAUUAUCUAUCAGUUGUAUUCAUAGUUUAUACAUUAUUAAUAUAUAUCAAGAUAACAUUCUCAAACAUCAACUGCCAACGGAUUAUCAACAUACCAAUCGGACAAAUGAAACUGUCACUUUGUAUAAAUUCUUAAAUGCUGAAUAUUAUGGAAUAGUAAGAAUUGGAAAACCAGCCCAAGAAUUCAAGGUCAUUUUUGAUACAUCAUGGUCUGACAUUUGGAUUCCAUCUCAACAUUGUGGCUUAUUGGAAAUUGCUUGCAUGAUUCACCAUCGAUAUGAUAGCUCAAAAUCUUCAACAUACAAGGAGGAUGGAAGAGAGUGUUCCAUUUCUGAUAGCACUAUGAGUUUGAAGGGAAUUAUUUCCGUUGAUGAUUUCCAUCUUGGACAUAUAAAAGUAGCAAAUCAAUCUUUUGUCGAAGCGACUCAUAUGAGCAAUAAACCAUUUUUAACUCAAAAAGCUGAUGGAAUCAUUGGUCUUGGGUGGCCAUCUCUAAGCCAUUGUAAUCGUUUACCAUUUUUUCAAAAUAUGAUAAAUCAAGGACUUGUAGAGAAAAAAGUCUUUACUUUUUAUAUGAAUCGCGAUGAAACAACAGAUAAAGCUGGCACGUUAAUCCUUGGUGACACAGAAAGAAGACAUGUAAAUGGAAGCUUGACAGUACUACCAGUGAUUGAUAAAAAGUAUUGGAUGAUUCGCAUGGAUAGAAUAUCCGUAGCUGUUGGGAAUAAAACAUAUCCAUUCUGUUCUCAAGGAUGUAACGCUAUCAUGGACACUAGUGUCAACACAAUUACUGGACCACAAGAUGAAAUUAAUAAGAUAAAUAAUUUUCUUGGUGCAAAAGAAAUCACAAGAUUUUGGCCCAAUAGAUAUAUGGUUGAUUGUCAAACAUAUGCAAAACUUUCAAAUGUAACAUUUGUUUUCCGAAGAGAAAAGUUUACAAUAGACUCCAAGUAUUACAUCCAACAUCUUGUUUAUCACGGAUUCCAGUUAUGCUUAUCUCCAUUUGUACCUAGUACUGAUGGCUCUAAAAUCUGGCAGUUAGGAGGAGCAUUUUUGAUGCAAUUUUAUACUGAAUAUGAUUUUGAUAACGGAACAGUAACUAUUGGAAAAACUAUAGUUCCUGUUUAUAAAAUUCAAACUGUACGUAAUGCUCUGAGAGAAGUUGGUACUGAAGUUGAGCAUCUUCGUUUGAAAUAUGGCACUGGAAAUUUAGGAACUGGACCUGAACCUUUAUCUAACUAUUUGGAUGCUCAAUACUAUGGUCCAAUUACUAUCGGAAAUCCACCACAAUUAUUCAAGGUCGUAUUUGAUACUGGUUCAUCAAAUCUCUGGGUACCAUCGAAAAAAUGCUCAUUCACCAAUAUAGCUUGUCUUCUUCAUAAUAAAUAUGAUAGCAAGAAGUCAAACACCUACAGACAAAAUGGAACUGAGUUUUCCAUUAGAUAUGGAUCUGGUAGUCUAUCAGGAUUCUUGUCAACUGAUGUCGUUAAUAUUGCUGGAGCCAGCAUAAAGGAUCAAACAUUUGCUGAAGCUGUCAAUGAGCCAGGAUUGGCAUUCGUUGCUGCUAAAUUUGAUGGAAUCAUGGGAAUGGCCUAUGACACAAUAUCCGUCAAUAAAGUUCGACCACCAUUCUAUAACAUGGUUGAUCAAGGAUUAGUACAGAAGAAAAUCUUUAGUUUUUAUCUCAACAGAGAUCCUAAUGCUUCUCAGGGUGGAGAAAUGAUUCUUGGUGGUUCAGAUCCAGAUCAUUAUGAAGGAGAGUUCACUUAUGUACCAGUCGAUCGUCAAGCUUAUUGGCAAUUUGCAAUGGACAAAAUAAACAUUGGAGACGAAGAAUUUUGUCAAGGCGGUUGUCAAGCUAUUGCAGAUACUGGUACUUCUUUGAUUGCUGGUCCAGUUGAAGAAAUUCAAGCAAUCAAUCGGGCUAUUGGUGCGACUCCAAUUGUUGGUGGUGAAUCAGUUGUCAGCUGUGAUUUGAUUCCAAAAUUACCUCAGAUUAAUUUCGUUUUUGGAAGACGACCAUUUACUUUGAGGGGAGAAGAUUAUGUUUUAAAGGUCUCUCAAUUUGGUAAAACAAUUUGCUUAAGUGGUUUCAUGGGUAUUGACAUUCCGCCACCAAAUGGACCACUAUGGAUCCUUGGAGAUGUCUUUAUUGGACGCUUUUACACCGAAUUCGAUAUGGAAAAUAAUCGCGUAGGUUUUGCCGUUGCUAAAUAA